AUGGCUGUAUGGGAAACCGAGGAUGAGUUGGGCAGCGCUGCAGCAGCUUCAUUGCCCACUCCAACCAAUACGCCCUACCGGACUCCUUCACAACGAUCAAAACGAUCAUCACGAUCGCAACGAUCGCGCCGCUCCGCCACACCUCCAGGUAUCGCUUCCUCGCCUCCGCCGCCGCUACCAAGGGAAAACCUCGAGAAAAGUUCCAAAAGGUCUUCCAAAAGGUCUUCCAAAGAUGUCACCAUGGACGAAUCCAUCAGCAUCUUAGACCCUCGCCGUUUUACACCUACCCUCCAUGCAAACCUCGUGUCUGAAAUAUUGGCCCUGCGACGAGAUCAGGAAGAGAAGCUUAAAAUCAUUGAAAGCCUUGAAACUUCACUGCAUACUACCCGACAGGAACAUGAGUCUCUGCAAUCCAACUUGGCUAACACGACAAAAGAGGGUAGAUCCCUGAAGCGGCAGCUAGCUCUUCUUGAAGGAGGAACUUCGUCAGCCUUAGGCGAAUUAGCACGAGAACGUGACGAAGCAGUUGAUUCGAUAACCGAGACUAAGAGACGACUUGAGGUGGCACAGAAAAAGGUCCGAACCCAGGAGGAAGAUUCACAAAGGGUCCAUGACCUUUGGGCUAAGGACAAGGAUGAUUGGAACGAAGAAAGACGAAAAUAUGAGCGAAAACUACAUGUAGCCGAAAGCCGGCUCAGGGUUGUACUCGAAGAAGUUGCUAAUCUGCAAGCAUCUCAGGUGAACGGGAUCAACAAUGGACCCGAGAGUGAUGGUGAGGAAGGGGGGAAGGAGAAUGAUGGUGCUAGUGUACGGACAAUGAGCCUGACUAACAGCAACCGAUUCUCGAUGAUGAGCGGCCCAGGCAUGGGCAAGAUCAAUGGCCAUUGCCUUGCUGAUGAGCUCAACUUCGAUGACACGGAUUACGAGACUGAUCCUGAUGGUCGCCAAAGUAUCAUCUCCCCCCCGAGACACAAGCGAAACCAGAGCCGGGAUAGUAUGAUGUCGCGAUCUCACCGGCGUAACCAAAGUAACGAUGGUCCGGCACGUCCCGGCAGCAUUAUACGGAGCAGGAUGUUCAUGAACCAGACCGUGCUUGACAGGCUGGAGGGCGGAAUUCGCGAAGACGACGAGUACCCUGUAGCAUCUGAAAAGGUACAGUACACCGAUACAGGUGUCCAAUUCACUCCACCGUCGUCUCCAAAAUUACCUCCUGCAAAGCCAUCAACUCCAGAGCCUGUUUCAAGGAGCGAGAAGUCGAUGGGGCUGGAGAGUCCUCGAACCGAGGGUGAAAUCGAAGCAAACCAGAGUCGUAAGAGGGUGCAGCUCAACAGACCAGUACCAAUAGAGCCCCAGAAGCCAGCAAAACCAAUGGUAUCAGCCGCAUCUCAAACAUUAGAGAAUGUACCGCUACUGGUAACGUCUGCACCAAUAAUCGUGGAAACAAAGCCUCCUGUCGCCAUCGUCUCCAGGUCGAUUGCUAUUCAGACUGAUCCUACCCCCACAGCGAGGCAACUUACCCCGGAACCGCGCGCGAUACCCAGCAUUAGUAUAAUCCCGCCCACAAGUCGACCGUCAACACCACGCGAGCAUCGCCUACCUCAGUAUGUUAAAGAUUUCGGAUGCCAGGUUUCACUUUUGGAGUGGAAGCCUACAAACGAGGCUUCAGUUCAGACGGAUGAGAUCCGGAUUGAUAAGAGACUAGACAGAUUGCCGCGCCAUCUUCAUCCAUCUGCCAUUUCAUCACGGCCUUCAUCCCCCACUGCUGCUUCAUCGCUUGAUGAGAACAAAAUCUUUACUCCCGUUCCUGGACAUGUCCCUCCACGAAACCCACGUCGUUUGGAAGGCAGACGAAGCUUCUCAGCUGAUUUGCCGUCAUCACCGCCAGAUUCUCCCACGGCAACAGAUGGGCUGGGUACACGAGAUGCGUACCCUGGCAAUAAUGAUGACGGUCCAUUGUCGAAUACUAAAGCACCAGUGAGGCGGCCACAUCGUAUUAGUAGCUUAUUUGCCGGAUUUGAUGCCCAAAGCUCGGACGAGGUUGACGAAUUCGAUGGCGACCAGAGCGACUCGGAGUACCGCACAGCACUUGCCCCAAGACCUAAAACAGGGCCUGGUAAAUCUGUCAAGCGUGUGUCUGCGAGCGCAGUCCCAGUCCCACACCUCACAGCGCCGGAGCAGACUAAAGCUACCCGGCAUUCAACGAGCGCUAUGAGCAGAGCCGGAGGUCCGGAGGUUCAUAGCUCUUACCGCUUAGCUGAUGCCCCAGAAGGUUUAGCAAAACCGUCGCUCAAAUUAGCUACUCGAACAUCGGAUAGGACAGCUGCAUAUAGCACAGGCUCCCGAGCCAGCGUUAUGCGGAAGUCAGCAAUGAUCCAGAGUGGCAUUGCUUCACAUCAGGGCCGUCCGCGAAGCCCCAGUAUACCCGAAACGCGGGAUCCGCCAUUCCCUAUCCCUACUAGGGCAAGUUCAAGAAAGCCACCUUUCAGCAUCAGCGCUCCGAGUGACGGUCAACGUAGUCCGACGCGUAACGGCGAGGCCUCAAACCGUCGCGGUAUGAGAAGCAGUACAUAUAGGACCAGUAGUAUUCGCAAGGUUCGGUCUGCUGUCGUCUUGCCUCGAAACCAAAGGCACAGAAGGCAGAGCAGCCGCUCGCCGCCACCACUAUCGCCAUCAGAGGAGGGUCCUGAGAGCCCGCGCCUCCCCCCGCUUCCAUCUAACGAUAUUACAACUCCUCGUCGUGAUUAUGGUCGAAAUCGUGGCCACAUGUCUCAACCCUCAACGAAUACCGCCAAUACUGAGAAUACGAAUAUGGGUUCUGUUGGAAGCAACCAACAAACGUCGACGGUAGUAGAUGCUAUUGCGCAGACGAUGGUCGGAGAAUGGAUGUUCAAGUAUGUCAGGAGGCGUAAAUCUUUUGGCGUAGCCGAUGGUGGAGGACGUGGCGAGGAAAAUAGCAAUGACCGUCAUAAGCGAUGGGUAUGGCUCGCGCCUUACGAGCGUGCAAUCAUGUGGAGUAGUAAGCAACCGGCGUCGGGCAAUGCAUUGAUGGGCAAACCCGGCCGGAAAUUAAUCAUACAAUCCGUGUUGGAUGUCAAGGAUGACAACCCUCCACCAAAGGGGGCUAGUCAAGUUUUCAACCGAUCAAUUCUAAUCUUGACACCCGAGAGAGCAUUGAAAUUUACCGCGGCGACGGCCGAGCGACACUAUCUCUGGCUGACAUCGCUAUCAUUCCUUGCGCACUCACAACAGGAGGUUCCUGAGAUCAUCCCAGCAGUAAAUCCGCCAAAUAUCGGACCAGCGCCGGGAUUCGAGAUGCCGCCUAUCAAAACCAAAAGACCUGGUAUCCGUGACUCGAUAAGACUGACGAAGGGAAAGAACCCUGCCUUGGCGGGUCGCCAUAAUGGUGCUGCAAACAACAGACAUAUUGAGGAAUCGCUAGCCUCGUUAAGAGAAGAGGCGCUUCCUCCAUUACCAACCCACCAGCGGGAAUUAUCGCGCGAUGUAGCAGAGCCACCUAUGAUCCCCCGAUUCCAUGACAGGUCAAAUGAUCGAGUACAUGAACGGGCUAACCAAGUCGUUCUUCAUGGGCGUAAGAGGAGUAAUACGGGCGGCCAUAUUCCUCCACCCCUCUCAUUCCGUGGCUUCUCUGGACCGGCAAGUCAUAGUACUUCUUACCAUGCCUCUACCAACAGCACGGCGGGUAAUAGUGUGGGCACCGCUGGCUCAUCGGAUAUAUAUCAAUCACAAGGCUCCACCAAUAUGACCUGGGGCAUGAGCACAGCUGGUUCCCAGCGGACGUCGGAAGCAUCAUCACGCCAGACAGGCAAUUUCUUCGAGGCUAUUGGUACCGUGCGGAUGGAGGCUUUCAUUAGUCCGUUGACGUUUCCCAAAUUCGAAGAACAUCCAGAUGAAGAAGAGGAGUGGCGAUACAGAGCGCGCAGACGAAGUAAGGAUGCUCGUCGGCGCCGUAGCCGCAGUAGACAUCGGGAUAGCUAUGUUUCCCGUGGUACGCGCGGUACAGAUUCCUAUUACGCUGGAAGUAGGGCAGGGGAAGAGGACUACUUCCGAGACGACCCUUUCAAGGGAUUCUAA